GGUGGGGCAGUUAUUCUUGGAUGCUGCUGCAGGGUAGAAUUUCAGAUUUGUUUAUGCCUGCGGGAGGCACCUUGGAGUCCUAGGUGGAGCGUCCAGCUCAGCACUAACAUUCAAGGCACCUGGUCAUCUCAUGAGGGGCCUCAAAUUUUCUUGUCCUAUUGGUGGGUGGAAGUGGGGAAUGCAGUUUCUUAAGGGAGUUGUGGGAGGGGUGCUAGAGUUGUGGUCCUCAGCAAAUCUGUGCAAAAGCAGGCAGUCCACACACAGGGCUGGCCUGGGGACUGCAGGCCACAGCGGGCAAAAUCAGUGCUAUUAAUAUCUGGCGCGUGAGCCCCAACUGGGUGAUCCUCUUAUGCCUGUGGCUUUGGCUUCUGAGGCCAGCAGCAAGUGUGCGCCUGUAGUACGGUGGGCUCCUGGGCCUCCCAGCUUCCGUGCCUGUCUCUGCCAAAGCUCCAGCCCCACCCACCUCUUUAGCUGCUGUGCUGCCCACAAGAAUAGUUGCCCCACCCAUGGAGGGCCAAUUCAGGCAGCCAGAGCUCCUGAACUGUGCUGGGAAGCUGCUGUGGAUUUAAGAGGAUGCGAUGCCUCCCCUAACUGCCAGCACAUAAGCCACACUCUCCUGGGAUUCCCCUGCUGCCCAGGAGCACCCAUCUCCAGGAUCCCUGUGCCCACUACGUCCUUAGCCAUGAACAGCCCCCCUGCUUACCCUGGCAUCAGGAUCUCAGGGUGCUGGGCCUUUGGAGCUGAAGGCAGCAAUGCGGGGUCCCUGGACAGACUCCUCCCACCGGUGGGUGCUGGACGCUCACCUCGGAAGCGCACUACCAGCCAGUGCAAGUCCGAGCCACCCCUGCUGCGCACGAGCAAGCGGACCAUCUACACAGCAGGGCGGCCUCCCUGGUACAAUGAGCAUGGCACUCAGUCCAAGGAGGCCUUCGCCAUUGGGCUGGGAGGUGGCAGUGCUUCUGGGAAGACGACCGUGGCCAGGAUGAUCAUUGAGGCCCUGGAUGUGCCCUGGGUGGUCCUGCUGUCCAUGGACUCCUUCUACAAGGUGCUGACACCACAGCAGCAGGAGCAGGCUGCCUGCAACAACUUCAACUUUGAUCAUCCAGACGCUUUUGAUUUCGAUCUCAUCAUUUCCACCCUCAAGAAGCUGAAGCAGGGCAGGAGUGUCCAAGUACCCAUCUAUGAUUUCACCACCCACAGCCGAAAGAAGGAGUGGAAAACACUGUAUGGUGCAAAUGUCAUCAUCUUUGAGGGCAUCAUGGCCUUUGCUGACAAGACACUGCUGGAGCUCCUAGACAUGAAGAUCUUUGUGGAUACAGACUCUGAUAUCCGCCUGGUGCGGCGGCUGCGCCGGGAUAUCAGCGAGCGAGGCCGGGACAUUGAGGGUGUUAUCAAGCAGUACAACAAGUUUGUCAAGCCUGCCUUUGACCAGUACAUCCAGCCGACCAUGCGUCUGGCAGACAUUGUUGUGCCCAGAGGGAGCGGGAACACGGUGGCCAUCGACCUGAUUGUGCAGCAUGUGCACAGCCAGCUGGAGGAGAGGAAGCUGCGUUGGGAUAUGGCUGCACUGGCCUCAGCACACCAGUGCCACCCCCUCCCCCAGACGCUGAGUGUCCUCAAGAGCACACCCCAGGUGCGUGGCAUGCACACCAUCAUCAGGGACAAGGAAACCAGCCGGGACGAGUUCAUCUUCUACUCCAAGAGGCUGAUGAGGCUGCUGAUUGAGCACGCCCUCUCCUUCCUCCCCUUCCAAGACUGUGUGGUGCAGACCCCACAGGGCCAGGACUACGCGGGCAAGUGCUACGCAGGGAAGCAGAUCACAGGUGUGUCUAUCCUACGUGCUGGGGAGACCAUGGAGCCCGCACUGCGUGCUGUGUGCAAAGAUGUCCGUAUUGGGACCAUUCUCAUCCAGACCAACCAGCUGACUGGGGAGCCUGAGCUCCAUUAUCUGCGCCUGCCCAAAGACAUCAGCGAUGACCACGUGAUCCUGAUGGACUGCACAGUGUCCACAGGCGCGGCUGCCAUGAUGGCAGUGCGUGUGCUCCUGGACCACGAUGUGCCUGAGGACAAGAUCUUCUUGCUGUCACUGCUUAUGGCAGAGAUGGGCGUGCACUCAGUGGCCUACGCAUUCCCUCGUGUGAGAAUCAUCACCACGGCUGUGGACAAACGUGUCAACGACCUUUUCCGCAUCAUCCCAGGCAUUGGGAACUUUGGCGAUCGCUACUUUGGCACAGAUGCAGUCCCUGAUGGCAGUGAUGAGGAGGAGGCGGCCUCCACAGGCUAGCCUGCUAGGCUUAGCGCUCAGCCCCCACCCCUCCCUGUCACUCCUGUCCCGGAUCACAGAGCUAAGGAUGUUCACUGAAGCUG